AUGUGCGCCAGCCUGCUUGGUCUGAUUGUCUCAAAUUGCGAAAAGCCCACUGGUAUCUCUCGAGACCGCACGAAGCGGAUAUCCCUCAAGCCCACGGAAAGCCCACAAGAGCCCACAGAAAACCGAGCCUCAAGGCAGCGCGUUCCCGCAAAAGCCGAGAAGCCGGAAGAUUAA